UAUACUUGGUCACUCUGUCCUCUGGGUUAAAAGGUGGCUCCAAGCAUCUAAGGAUAAGAGUAAACAGAACAUGGUGGACUCUACAAUUAGGAAUUUGACUUUUUCCAUGGCUUCGUGGUUGUUAUCUUUUGGAUAUUUGACCCAUAAAGAUUAACCUUGAUCUGAUUGGAGCACCAGAAGAACCAAUCUGAUCCUCAGCCAUGGAUUUGGAAGAUGAUAUUCUGUCCAGGAAGGGUCUUAUCUACUCCAUCACCAUCCCCCUCUCCACCUCCAUCAUCCUAGCCAACCUCCUCAUCAUUCUGGGCAUCCUUUUCAACCGGCAACUCCACAACACGCCUAACUACUUCUUCCUGAGUCUCCUCGUGGCAGAUAUGUGCACGGGUGUGGCGUUACCUUUUAUACCUCUGAUGGCUCUGAACCGGGAGUUGAGCUUCGGUUCGUGCAUGGUGGUCCACAUCUUCCCAAACUUCCUCUUUUUGGCGUUCCUUUUCAACCUCGUCAUGGUGCACUACGAGAGGUACAUUUGCAUCUCGGACCCGCUUCACUAUGGAAACCUGUGGAUGCAUAGGAGUUUUCCGUUAGCCUUGUUUAUAGUAUGGGCACCUCCGCUUUUGUACGCCUCCUUGCCUGCAUUUGGGUGGAAUAAUUGGACCGGAGCUGAUUGGGAUGGGUGCUAUGAGGAUAGUCAAAGUUUAAUAUCAAACUGCACAACUAAUGGUACUGCUUGUUGUUCCUAUAAGAGAGUCUUCACCAAUGAGUUUAUCUAUUUGGAGCUAUACGGACUUGUCCUACCUGCUAUUCUUACAAUCGCUGGGAUGACCGGGCGUGUACUCUGUAUCACUAAAGGACAACUGAAUGACAUUUGUCGUCUACACAGAUCCGUGCAGAGAGGAAAUAAAGCCUCAGACAGAGAGCAGAGGUUGAAUAUACGCUACACUCGAUGCGUAGUGGCAGUGUCCCUCACCUUUUUAGCAUGCUGGGUCCCCUACCUCAUUUACAUGCAUGUGUGUAUUGCAUUUUUGCUCAGUGAUACAAGAUGGAACUCUACCACUCACAUAAUUCUGUCGUGCACAGGGAAUGGCAGCAUGGCCGUGGUGCCCUUGGUCCUGGGCCUGUCCAAUAAGCAGUAUACUGAGCCGGCGUACAAGCUCCUGCAAAAAAUAAGGGACAGAGUGAGGAGGAAAGCAAGGGACUCUAGUGAAGUUGCAGUUUGAGAGUACAAAUGGAAGCAGUUUUGUCAUGUUCAGUUAAUAUUAAACUUUGACAGUAAAAGAAUUAACAAUAUUUUUGGGGGUUAAAUGUGAACUAUGUAACUUUUCACCUGCUUGUCUCUGAGCACGGAUGUCCGAUGUUAUGGCAUCGACUAGAAUAUUCCAUAGUAUGGCAUUCAAUGCAUCUAUCAUCACUGAGAAAAGGCCAAGAUACAGAUUAGACCUCCUGAGUGGUGAGUCUAGUAUGUGUUUCAAGGUUGUUUUUUCAGAAUUAAAAAUAGUAGUAACUGAAUAAAUACAAGGUACGUUUAAUGCCAUACUGUGGAACAUUCCAGGAAAAGUAAUGAUACAUGAAAAGUCGAGUCAAGUUGAGUCAAGUCUUUAACAGCGGUGCAGUGUUUUAUCAUCAUAUGUUAAAAUAUUCAAAAGAUAAAUGUAUUUCUCAGUGAGUAAAAUUUGGUAAGUAAAUGAUGACUGACAAAGUUGCAUAAAUUGACAGACCUACUGUGAAAUAA